AUGUCGGUCAAUUUAUUUUUUGGUAAGCAUUGCUUCAAAAUCGUUCCAAAUAAAACGGAUCUAUGUAAGUUCUCACAGAAAAAAGAUUAUUUUCUAGAGCUAGAUGUCGCUCUGCACAACGAUUACCAUCCCAAAUGUGACGAAAUCGUCCAAUAUUCGUUUUUGGCUAAAAAACCGACGGUAAAAAUUCCGAUUAUUAUGAAUGACGAUUUUGCUUAUGUUACUAUCGUCAUCGGUCCGGCAGAUACCAAACAUCAAUCGAGUAUUUAUCGGUUUAAAAUUUAUUUAUUUGAUAUAUCCGAUAAAAGAUACAAGUUUUUAAACCGUUUUGAGAAGGCUCUGUCUCCACCAAGGUCGAUAGAACAUAGGUACGAAUUUUAUUUUUUAGAAAUCGAAAAAUCUUCCAUUUCAGAAUUUGUACGUUUCACGAAUGCCCACCUGAAAACAACUGAGAGUUCAAUAUCUAUUGAAGAAGUCAUUAUCAUACUUCAAUCUAGAAUAUUCUGCUUAUUCCUAAUCGGCGUCUACACGAUUCGCGUUGCCAACUGUCGUGAUCUCGCAGACCGAAAUGAACCGUGCUACAAUUUCGAUUUCAAAACAUAUCCACAAUGCGAAAAUCCCGUCGGCAUAAAUAUAAAUACUUACCUGAAUAGACGCUCCGGAUAUCGAGAACUAUUCCGAUGCUCGGAAAGUAUUCGCACAGCCGAUAUAGACCUGCACAACCCUUUCGAAGUUCAAAUCGAUUGCAUGCUAAACGGUUCAAGGUACGAGGAAAUGAAAAAUAAAACAUUUCUGCUGGUGGUGUUCAGGCAGAACUUCGAUUUGAGCACAAUUUGGAGACACUGGGUGGUUACCUUUAAAUCUUUCAAGCCCUUCUACCAUUAUUGGCACCAGGCAAGCCUGGAGAAAAGUUUUACGAGAUCGAGUUUCAGAUUUCUAGUUUUCAAACUUGAGGCUGGCUACCUGAGAUGGCCUGCUAUCAAUAAAGGCAAGGUGAACUGGGAUUUCAAUGAAUUUCUGCUGAGGAAUGAACUCUGUGAUGAGCUGGUGGCCAGUUCGUCACUUCAUUUGUCCAGUUUCGGCUACCAUUGA